AUGGCCAGCAAUCGUCCCAGCGACCGCCCUGACCGUCCCCCUGUCUGGGUUCGUGGGGGGCCUCCAUACUACUAUAUGCCAACAAGGCCACACAUCCCCUCGUCUCCCAGUGAAACUCUGCGACGGGGCUCGACAAGCUCCACCCUCUCGAGCUCCCCCGGCAGCACAAUGGGAGAGACUCUCUCCCCACCCCCCAGUCCCUCAACAAGGACAACCCAAGCACCCCGCUCCAGUUCAGUGGGAAUCCCAACAUCCUUCCCGUUCCCUUCCCCAAGCCACCCAAUCUCAUCCCCCUACCCCUCCCCCCCUCCCGCCACAUCCGCAGCAGGUGAUGAAGCAACCAGUCCCCCUCGGGCCGACAGCUUCCGUAGAAGCAACUCAGUCAGCGGGACCAAUAUAUCCUUUUCAACAUUGUCGCUUCAAAAGAGGAACGCCGGGGAUGGUAGCACUUCCUCUCUAAGGGCGCAGUGGCAUGAACAGAAUGUCGGAGCGGGACCGGAUAGGAGGAAGAUUUUUUCGAGCUGGUGGAAUAGCUAUGUCAAGGGCUCCAGACCAAGUGACGAAUAA